AAUAUCAGACACCGCCAUCGACAACACUUGUGUCAAUGCCACCAUUGCAAGACAUCUGUCCAAGGAGAUUCUUCUGGUUAUCACACCAUUCAGCAACAGUUAAACUUCUGAUGGUCGAUUAAGGCCGGAUCUGGUCACAUUUCGGCAUCAUGAUCCCAGUCAUUACUCUUGAUUCCAAAUGGUGUCGCGAAGCUGAUUAAUCUUCACGAACUCCCGGCUCCAUGAUCCUCGUCGUCUAAUUGCACUCUCGACUUUGCAGUUAAUGCAAACUUGGCCCGGAUGACGGACUGGAACAGGCUAUCUAUUUUGGAGCUUGGAUUUCAUGCUCCUGAUGGGAGAACAGAGCAGCCUGUCGUUGGGGUGGCGACGAAGGUCUGGACGGGAGGUAGAGUGCGUCGCACAGACACUUAUGUCUUCUCUAACAUUGCAUCAUCAGACGUGCUCAUGACAAUCAAGAAGAAGAAUCAGACCUUAGAGAUUGCGAUGCAAGUUGCAGUUUGGUAAUGUGAACCACGCGUUCUGAAAAGCUUCAUUUAAAAAAUAAAAUCACGACGACCCGCGGAGUAGCUCACUGGCGAAGAAUAUGGGGACGAGGAAACGGGUCAGGGACUCGAGCACACGUUGCCCGACUCUUUUCCACGUGUGCUUCAGUUUUUUUGUAAUCUUCAAUUUUCUCAUCGAGGCACAUGCACAGCCUCAACAAAACCUUCAAAGUGACCGAGCAGCUCUGGAAAGGUUCAAGGCCGCAGUUGAUCCGGCGGGAAACAUCUUGCCGUGGGUCUCCGGCACUAAUCCCUGCACCUGGACUGGAGUGCAAUGUUAUCUAAAUCGCGUGGCAAGUCUACGUCUUCCCCGACUCCAGCUCACGGGAUCAAUCCCUGACAACACCCUUGGAGAUCUUGGCCAGCUUCGAGUCCUGAGCAUGCACAAUAAUCGCCUCACGGGACCGUUUCCAGUGGACCUCGCGAGAUGCAGCAUUCUGAAGGCUGUCUUCUUGGGGUCCAAUUUGUUCUCGGGACUACUUCCAGAUUUCACCGGCUUCUGGCCACGCAUGAGCCAUUUCAGUCUGGGGUUCAAUAAUUUCACGGGUGAAAUCCCAGCCUCCAUCGCCACUUUCAACAAUUUGCACCAUCUGGACUUGCAGAGUAAUUCUUUCACGGGUAAGAUCCCAGCAGUAUCAUUCAACAAUUUGGUGAUUUUCACCGUUGCUAACAACGAGCUUGAGGGGCCUGUACCAACCUCAUUGCAGAAAUUUUCGGUCAUAAGUUUUGCUGGCAAUGAGGGGCUGUGCGGCCCGCCGACGACAAUACGCUGCCCUCCCACCACACCUGCUCCCGGUCCUAACGUGCAGAUUCCUGGACCACUUGAGGAUACCUUAUCAGGUUCCUCAAAUGAAUCCCCAGCAAUGUCAUCGAAGAAGCAAAGGCAUCUCAACCUCAGCGUUGGAGUGAUUGCGAGUAUUGCACUGGGCUCUCUUUUGGUGGUCGUCAUUAUUGUGUUCAUUGUUUGCUAUUCGCGGCGUGUGGAAGGCAACAUUAAUAAGGCGCAUGUUGGAAAACAAGUGACUCAUUACAACGGCGAGGGUUCUUCGCCAGUGCAGACCUCACCUGAAAAAAAGGAAACCUUCUCUGUCACCAUUUCCAGCGAACCUACCACUCGUAGCAAGCUUGUGUUCCUUGACCAAGGCAAACGGGAUGAGUUCGGCUUGGAUGAGCUGCUGCAAGCGUCGGCUGAGGUGCUUGGCAAGGGGAGCGUAGGAACUUCGUACAGGGCUAAUCUGCAGGGAGAUAAUGUCGUAAUCGUGAAGAGACUUAAGGAUGUCGCAGCCGAUCAGAAGGAGUUCGAGACACAUGUUGAAAAGCUGGGGAGAUUGCGUCACAGACAUCUGAUGCCGCUGCGAGCUUACUACUACUCACGGGACGAGAAAUUACUGGUUACAGAUUUCAUGCCCGCAGGAAACUUGCACUCUACACUUCAUGACAACGAAGCCAGAGGUCGCAAUCCCUUGGGUUGGGUCAGCCGUGAGAAGAUUGCCCUGGGUACGGCGAGGGCGUUGGCUUACCUAGACAAACCGUGUGUGAGGAUGCCGCAUGGGGACAUCAAGUCAGCCAAUAUUCUGCUGAACAGAGAGUACGAGCCUUUUGUUGCGGACCACGGCCUCGUGCAUCUUUUGGAUCCCGCAAGCGUCAGCCCAUCCCGGUUCAUCGGAUACAAAGCUCCGGAGGUAACCGACAUCCGCAAAUUCACGAUGCAGUCAGACGUGUAUAGCUUCGGCAUUCUGAUGCUGGAACUUGUGACUGGACGAGCACCGGAGCGAACUAUUUGCAAGAACGACGCUGGUAUCGACCUUCCCAAAUGGGUCAGAUCUUUUGAAAGACACCGCUGGAUUUCCGAUGUGGUCGAUUCGGAGCUGAAGAGAGCUGUAGAUUUCGUCGAAGAGGAUAGCUUGAAGGUGUUACAGCUGGCGCUGUCAUGUGUCGAUGCUACUCCUGAGAAGCGACCGAAGUUGGAAGAAGUCGUGCUCCUGUUGGAAGACAUCACCCAGUUAGGACACGUCAAUGAAUCUUCCGUAUGCCCGCUUGCGGCUGCGGCUGCGGCUGCUAAAUCCACCGGCAGUCCCUAGGACACAAGCUGAUCGGCAAUGUCGAUGCCGCGGCGCACUUGUCCUUUAUCCUGUUUCGUUGCGGAUGAGAACUGGUCGAUUUGAGGGCAAUCCGCAUCAUAUACUGUUCCAUGCCACGCAGCUGUGCUGAAAAAUGCCACUGCAUUCAUUUGAUUCAUCUUUGCAAUGGAAUUCUGUUGCCAAAAAUUAGAAACUAAUUUAUGUUUGGUUUACUCUGUAUUCGUCCUGUGAACACGUAUUAGUUAGUCUUAGCAAACAAGUGAAGAUCUUUGUAUUUUGUAGACACAGUUGCUGUGCAUCAUCCUAGUGGAUCUGCCUGCCAUUAGACGUGAUUUUGUAUUACUUUUUGGUUGAAUUAUCACUUCUUCAACUCCACAUGUC